GCGCCUGCGCCAGAACGUCUGCCGCACUCCCGGAAGUGGAGUGUCUACACGAAGAGCGCCGCUGGGUCUAGGUGCCCGAAGGCAGAAGCGCUCGCGGAGCUAGCUCGUCGGCCCCCGACCGCCAUGUCGGCCUUCGAGACAAACCCCUUCGCGGACCCAGUGGACAUAAACCCCUUCCAGGAUCCCUCUGUGACCCAGCUGACCAAUGCCCCACAAGGUGGCCUGGCUGAAUUCAACCCCUUCUCAGAGGCAAAUGCAGCCACAACGGUUCCUGUCACCCAGCUCCCGGGGCCCUCCCAGCCAGCAGUUCUCCAGCCCUCAGUGGAACCAACCCAGCCAACACCCCAGCUCCUGCUUAGACAGGCCAGCAAGUUCCUGCCUGCCAGAUUCCUGGCAGUGAGCGAGCUCUCAGAGAGGCAGAUGCUGCUAGGAGGAGAUAGUAUUCUCAGAGACAGCUACAUGCGAAAGCUUCCAAAGGCUGUGGCCUCUGCGGCCCAGGCAAGCCUGCUCCGGCAGCAGGAAGAACUGGACAGGAAGGCAGCCGAGCUGGAACGCAAGGAGCGGGAGCUACAGAACACUGUGGCCAGCCUACAUGUGAGAGAGAACAACUGGCCGCCCCUCCCCUUUUGGUGCCCUGUCAAGCCCUGCUUCUAUCAGGACUUCUCCACAGAGAUCCCGGCCGACUACCAGCGGAUAUGCAAGAUGCUCUACUAUCUUUGGAUGUUGCACUCAGUGACUCUGUUCCUGAACCUGCUUGCCUGCCUGGCCUGGUUCCUGGUCGACAGCAGCAAGGGAGUGGACUUCGGCCUCUCGAUCCUGUGGUUUGUGAUCUUCACCCCUUGUGCCUUCCUUUGUUGGUACCGACCCAUCUAUAAGGCCUUCAGGUCCGACAACUCUUUCAGCUUCUUCGUGUUCUUCUUUGUAUUUUUUUGUCAAAUAGGGAUCUAUAUCAUCCAGUUGAUCGGCAUCCCUAACCUGGGGGACAGUGGUUGGAUUGCAGCCCUGUCCACCCUGGGGCAGAACUUGGCUGUGUCGAUCAUCAUGAUGGUGGCGGCUGGCUUUUUCACCCUCUGCACUGCGCUCUCCCUCUUCCUCCUGAAGCGGGUGCACUCCCUGUACCGCCGGACGGGGGCCAGCUUCCAGCAGGCCCAGCAGGAGUUUUCCCAGGGCAUCUUCAGCAGCAGGACCUUCCGCAGCGCUGCCUCGUCUGCUGCCCAAGGAGCCUUCCAGGGGAAUUAGUGCUGACUGUCCUCCCUCUGCUCCGGCCUUGCCUCUAGCCUGCCUUCUGACCCAUACUUCCCAUGGGUGCCUUAUGCAGUACGUGUGCCCAGCACGGACCAGGACGGGCGUGCUGUGGCUCUUCCUCUUCUCUCAGCAACCAGCUCUCCUUUUCACCCAAGGGAAGGAGAGGGGCAGGCACAGGGACUUUUUUACACAAAGGAAAAAAGGUCUUUCCUUCUCUGGUGGUGGUUUGGUAGGAUUCUUUGGUCUCUCUGGAAGCAGUGGCACUGAAGUUCUCUUUUCCCUACACUCACGCAUGCACGAACGCACUUGGCUCACCGGCCGACCUGUGCCCACCCCAGCUAGCAUUGUAUUUCUGUCGGCGUCCUGGGCCUCACGCCUCCCCCAGCAGCCUGGCCUGAACCCCGCUCCACAGACCCAGCGUGUGGCUUCCACAGCCCUGUCCUCUCUUCUUGCCCCUCCUGGGUAACCUCCCAAUGGCUCCCCUUUCGAUGAGCUGCAUCCGGGCUGGCAGACAGCUCUCUUCCCCAGAUCACUCUGGACAGGUCUCUGUGCUUCCAGAGCGUCUCGCCUGCUUCCCCAGCCUCUUUCCUGCCUGUGUUUUUCACAAACAGAUGAUAGCCCUUUCAGCCCCUUGCACCCUCCUGCUGUGGGCAGCACCCUGUGCCCUCUGGGGCUCUCCCUGAGCCCUUCCCUCUUUAGACUUACUGAAUGUGCAGUGGGGUUGGUUGGGAUUUGGGGGUGGGGAAGAACAGAAGACAGCCUUGAGUUGUCGUGCCCAGGCUUUAGCAGUCUUCUAGGAGGGCGCUCUGACUGUUCUGGUGUGAGGUGUUUGGCCCUGUUUGGUUUCCUCGCCCCCUGGGGGACGGCUGUCCUCUACCUUGGCCUCAGAUUCUACCCACUCUGCACCUCAUCUCAGCAAUAUCUGCUUUGUAUAACACUUCGGAGGGCAGGCCUAUCAGGCCGGAACGGCAUCCUCCGAGCUGGACUCAUAAGCCCCCUUUUUGAGGGUUCCGGACUAAUCCUCCAGGGGCCCCCAUACCCCUCGUGGAGUCUAGGCCACCUGCCACUGGUCCUAGGGAUGUCCCAAGAGGUGCGUCACUGUGAUGGGCAACUAGGAGUCCAUGGCUAACACCUGCACCCUGUCUUCCAGAGGCUAUAGGAGUGGGGGUGGGGACUGAGGGGACGUGUCAAAAAAACCGGCCAAGCCAGUGGCCGCCCUCAGGCUGCCAGCCCAUCUGUCCCAGAACCACUGAAUGAUAGGCAGUGACCAAGGUUUUACAGACUUCUUUCUGGAAUGUUUUCUCCAUGUACAAAUGUAUAUGUUAUGUCUCAAUUUUGUGCUUAAAUAAAAAGACAUUUUCAGACAACA